CUCUCUCGAGGGUAGGAGAGUGACGUCACCAGCUGGAGCGCGAGAGCAAAUCUCCACGUGAUCACUGUCUGCGCGAUCUCGUCACCUGACCGCUUGAGAUCACAUGAUCUACACAGAGCGUUCACGGUACCGGAAGCUGAUGCCAGGCGGCUCUGUUUUUGUGCGCGCGCCCGGUUACCAUAGUGACAGCUGAUCCUUGUUUUUCCUUCUCGGGUGUAUAACACGACGUAUAUAACGCUUGGAGUGAACUGCUGGAACGCACAAAAGGCGUGAAACGCAAACAGGAAGUGUCAGGAAGAUGAGAGAGGAGGACUUCCGGGAGAUAGAAUGGCUGCGCUGGGACAAGAGGCAGAGAGAGCGGCGGGUCUGUGCGAUACUCACUAGAUGAUGUGAUCUCAGGACGUUACUGUUGUGAUGAAUGUCGGGGUGUGAGCAGAACCCAAAGCACCAUGUACGGUCCGUACCUCAGUCAGUGAUCUAUGAGAGAUAGAAUGAGCAGAAGAUCCUGGAGGUCACCGAGAAAAUCACUGAGCUUCCGACUGGAGAGUAUGGAGCCUGCAUCGGGGCCCCAGAAUCAUUUUGUCAAGGAUCAUCAUGGACCUACGGAUUCAGAGGCAGACAGAAAGCCCCUGGAAGGAUUUCAUGAUGUCACGUCCUUGGACCAUCAUACCUCAGAAACAAGUGUUAUAAACUGUGCUAAGGGUCAAUCUAUUGGAAAAGUCAAAAAGGAGUCUACGUUACAUGAUGAAAGCCGCCCCAGCGAUCCAGUUCACUCACAACUUCCAGAAACACAAGACAAUACGGCUUAUAUUAAGGAAGAGUCCUGGGAAGAAGAUAACCCUGACACCCAUACCUCCCAACACGUGUCUACGUAUAGUGAUGUAGAUUUAUCGUCUAGUGAGGAGGGAGAUCAGACAAGCUCUGACAUCGAUGCAUCCGCCGAUCACACAUCGUAUACAGCCGAGAAAAACAACGCCUUCAAAAAAUAUACAAAACCGUAUCUAUCUACUGGUAUUAAGGAGGAAUCGAGUGAUGAAGAGAGCCUCACAGAUUCUGACCCCUGCUCUUCACCUGCACGUGAGGCCAGUGCAGAGCACUCAUCUGAUCAGAGCAAUAAGGAAUCCAUGUCGUCCACACUUCGCGCACGGCGAUGUCUGUCUGCUGACUUUAAGGAAGAAUCAGAUUCUGGUGAAGACGGAAAUGUCUCCCAUAGAGAUCAGCACCACGCCACAGAUUUUAUCCCUGUGAUCAUCAAAGAGGAAUCUGUCUCUUGUGAUGACGAUAACCUCACAGACGGGGACUUUUUUUUGCCAGGGGAACACACAGACUCACAGUUUCCCUACUCGUAUGACGGAGAUUAUCCUUGUCCGGUAUGUGAACAGACCUUUAAUUCAACAGUAGAAUUGUCCCGACACCAGCGAGUUCAUAUACAAGGGGGGAAGUCCUUCUCUUGCUCUGUGUGUGAGAAAGGUUUCAGCAGUAAAUCAGACCUGGCCAGACACGAGCGAAUUCACACGGGAGAUAAACCUUUUCUAUGUUAUGAAUGUGGGAAAUGUUUUAGCAAAAAAUCUGACGUUAUCCGACACGAGAAGAUUCACACGGGUGAAAAGCCAUUUGCCUGUCCUGAAUGUGGUAAGUGUUUUAGCCGGGACUCGCAUUUGAUUAGGCAUCAAAGAAUCCACACUGCAGAGUGUGCCUUUACCUGCUCAGAGUGUGGAAAAAUUUUCUCCAGGGAGUCCCAGCUCAUCCGACACUUGAGAAUUCAUACGGGAGAAAAGCCAUUCUCUUGUUCGCAGUGUGGCAAGUGUUUCCGCAAGAAAUCAGAUGUUGUCAGGCACGAGAAGAUUCACACAGGAGAGAAGCCAUUCGUUUGUUCAGAGUGCAGCAAGGGUUUCAGCCGACAUUCUCAUCUUGUCAUCCACCGGCGGGUACACACGGGAGAGAAAACGUUCUCUUGUUCGGAAUGUGGUAAGUGCUUCACUCAGUACUCCACCCUAAUCUCGCACCGCAGGAUACACACAGGUGAAAAGCCUUUUGCUUGCACGGAGUGUGGAAAAUGCUUUGCCCAGAAAAGAGACCUUAAUAAGCAUAUGACUCUUCACACUGGAGUGAAACCCUAUCCGUGUUCAGAGUGUGGAAAGAGCUUUGUGCUAAAAUAUGAGCUAAGGAAGCACCUGAGAAUCCACACUGAAGAGAAACACUUUGUCUGCUCCGAGUGUGGUAAAUGUUUCAUCACAAAGUCCGACCUUGUGCGUCAUCAGAGAAUUCAUACAGGAGAGAAGCCAUUUGCAUGUUCGGAAUGUGGAAAGUGUUUCAGUAGACACACUUACCUGGGGAUCCAUCAACGGGUCCACACUGGCGAAAAGCCAUUCGUUUGCACAGAGUGUGGCAAGUGUUUUAGUCAACGGACAGCCCUGGCGGCACACAGUAGGACUCACACGGGAGGUCGGCCAUUCGCAUGCUCAGAGUGCGGCAAAUCUUUUAGCAAAAAAUCUGAUCUUCUCCGACAUCAGAGAAUUCACACGGGGGAAAAGCCAUUUAUGUGCCCAGAGUGUGGUAAAUCCUUCAGCCGCCAUACCUAUCUCAUUAUACACAAGAGGAUACACACCGGGGAGAAACCCUUCCUGUGCUCUGAAUGCGGCAAGCACUUCACUUAUAAGUCACACCUGGUGCGACAUCAGAGAAUCCAUGCUGCAGAAGACUCCUUCCCGUACUCUGAGUGUCAGUAAGUGUGUGCAAGACAGGGUUGAAGGGCAUAACUGAGUGUGGUAAAUGUUACAGUAGGGGUAUCUAAAGGGUUCUGUAAAUAAAAUUAUAGGAGGGGAUAAUGAAAGUUAUUCCCUUUUAAACUUUGAGAUCCUACAGAAACAUUAUGACUUUCUGUUUGUAUAUGAAAUUACGUAGAAACUAAAGACUCGAAUGUGUGUCUUGUGCGUGUGUUGCAAGCCUACAAUAGUCUAAAUAAAGGUUGCGUUCAUUUUUUUUUCUCCCGUUUGGCUGUAGAGUAACAAGAGGUCUGUAGAGAUCAUCACGCUAUUCGGUGAACUGUUCUCUUGACAAAAAUCAGAUGCUAAGAACAUUUCUCUUAUCACCAUCAAAGAUUAGGGAUUCAAAGUAAAGCGGGGUGUACACAUACAUGUCAGCCAAUCACUCGUUCAGUCUCUCCCGAUUCCCCAGUGUAUGUGCGCAUUUGUAACUGCUGGAGUGGCUUAAAGGGGUACUCCAGCCAAAGACAUCUUAUCCCCUAUCCAAAGGAUAUAUGCCAGACUGCUGCUUCAGUAUUGGAAAUUUCUGUGUUUCUGGGACUGGAGACUUGAUGUCCCGCCACGCCCCCUCAAUUCAUGCCUCUAGGAGGGGGCGUUGUGUGACGUCAUGAGGGGCCGUACCAUGAUGUCACGUUUCCGGUCCCGGAAACACAGUGGUUGCUGAAUGUGGGUGCUGCACGGCGAUCGCAGGGUUCCAGUGGCGCUCCAUUAGUGGGAUGCCAAGUCGGAUCAAACAAGCAACAUGAAUGGGAUCUGUUACUUUCAAUUUCAUUUCCUGAGUAUUGGAAACUAAAACAGCUGACAUUAACUCACCCGAAGCCGUUUCCCUGAUAAAAGUUUGAAUCACCCUCCUUUUCCCAUUUUUUAAGUUGGUAUGUAAACAAAAAUAAACCUAUUUGGUAUUGCCGCAUGCGUAAACGUCUAUAACAAUAAUGAAACUGUAGGGUCAAUGGCGUACAUGUAAAAAAAAUACCACAGUCCAGAAUGGUUUAAAUUUACUUAGCAAAGUUUUUCCUUUCCAUGAGUCCCUAGGCAGCACACAAAGGGUUAAUAUAUUUCCUUUUCCUACUGGACAGAAGAAUGUGACUAAUUAAUUAAACAAUUAAGCACACCUGAACCACUGUUCCCCCACCCCUCGGGCAUGAAAGCACAAAGAAAGAGAGACGCAAUGCGGUUUAUUUACAAAUGUGAUCCCGACUCUUUUUUUUGUCAGGUUUUGCAC